AUGAUCUCGGACAACCCCUUGCUGGUCGGUCGACCCGACAUUCUCACCUGGAAGGAAGCCAUCGAGCCCCAGCUGGAGAUGACCGGGCUGAUCAGCUUUGCCCGUGGCACCGUGGCAACGUCGGAGGAGAUCUACCCCGACCUGCGUGCGGAUUUUCGCGCGGUGCAGUUGCUGACCUUCACGGUCAACUCGCGGUGCUGCUCGCCGGGCGUGCAGAUCGCCUUGAAGUCGUGCAGGGAGUACCUCGAUGCCGGCCACCGGGCGUGGCACUUCAUUGAGUCGACGUACCAAGUCACCGACGACUUGUUCAUCGGCCAACUUGAGGGGCAGCUGACGCACAUACGUAUGGGCGACCAGGAGACGGCGACCGACUACUGCAACCGAGCCCGGCAAAUUCUCGCCACCUUAAGGAUGGCCGGCAUGCAGUACUCGACGGCGUCCACGCGGGCGACGCUCAACGAGGACACUUUGACCUCGUACAUCCUGCAGGACGAAGCGAUGCAGGAGGCUGAGCGGUCCCAGGAGCUCCUGGCGCAUGUGAACUAUGUCACCCCGGCGAAGCAGGGUGGUCGACCGGGGCAACGUGGGCAGCAUGGCGGCGGUGGUAGCAGUGGGUGGAAGCCGGUGAAGGACGCCGACAAGCAGAAAUCGGCCACGGGAGGCGGUCGAGGAGGAGGAAGUUGGCAUCGGGAGUUCUGGCUGUGCGUCGACCUUGACCAUCUCUCCUUUGAGUCCCCCUACUGCAAUAACCCGAACGACGACGACGCCAAGGGAGGCCAAGGAAGGUCGGCUUGGCGACGCCCUCGCCGGGAGAGUAAGCCGCGCAAGGAGAAGCAGUCGACGAAGUCGGCCUCAGCGAAGGACGCCGACUCCCCUGCUGCAGGCAAGGGGCGAGACGGCAAGGUGGCGUCGUGCUCGCUGGCGCCGGAGGCCGGCGAGGACUUCCACGCGGUGGCGGCAGCUGUGCAGGCAAACCCGGCGGUGGUCCUACUCGACAGCGGCUGCUCGCACCACAUGAUGGGAACAAGGGAUGUCUUCGUCGACCUGCAGCCGAGCGUCGACGUCAAGCACGUGCGCGGCUUCAACGGGGCGCUGAAGGACGUCUGGGGUCGCGGCACUGUCGCUUUGCAAGGGGAGGCCGGAAAGCAGGUGCUCAUCCUCGACGUGCUCUACGUCCCGGGCGUGCGGGCGAACCUGCUUUUGGCUGGCCAGCUGAAGGAGAACGGCGUGAAGCUGCAGAAGGAUGGCGACGGGAUGUUCCUCGUCUCAGCGGCGGGAGACGUCCUCGGUCGGGCGUCUUACACUGGGCUUGUACACGUCGGCAUGGACACCAUCCGGAGCUCGACGAAGCACGAGGUCGCCAACGGGUUGGACCUCAAGUCGGCGUCGGGCGCCGACUCACCGUGUGUCUCGUGCGUCGGCGGGAAGCUGACACGACACACCUUCCCCGACCAAGGCUCUGACGCCGACGACGUGCUGGCCGUCGUGCACAUCGACCUGUGCGGGCCAUUCCGCGUGGCUGCCAAAGAUGGCAGCUUGUACUUCUUGCUGCUGAAGGACCGCAAGAUCCGCUACGUGUGGGUGAGGCCGGUCGCCAAGAAGUCGGAUGCAUUGCAGGAGUUCGUGCGGUGGCUGGCGGUGGCUGAGCAGCAGACAAAGAAGUCGGUGCUGAUGCUGCGCUCUGACCGGGGAGGGGAGUUCCUCGGGAAGCAGUUUACCGACUUCGUGAACGGCAACGGGAUCGUCCACGACCUGACCUGCCCAUACACCCCGCAGCAGAACGGCAUGCCGGAGCGAGAGAUGUUUACGGUGGUGGAGUCGGUGCGGACGACGUUGCUUCACAUGGGCGUGCAGCACCACUGGUGGCACCUCUCUCUGCGGCAGGCCGUCUGGGUCCGCAACUGCCUGGAGAGGUCGACACUACCGCCGGGGACAAGGCCGUACCAACUGCUCACCGGGAAGAAGCUUGACUUGUCGCUGGCACGCGUGUGGGUUUGCAUGGCACAAUUCCUCGUCCCUGAGCAGCAACAUGGUGGGAAGCUGAAGUCAAAGGCUCGAUGGGGUCUUCAUCUCGGCGUGUUGGAGGAGAGCAAGGGCUGGGAGCUCCUCAACAUUGUCGACAAUCGGGUGGUCACCACGUCGUACGUGGUGUUCUACCAGCACAUGUCGUUGGAGGACGUCGGGGUUGUCCGUCCUUCUUCCCCUCCCCCUGUACCCCCUGCCCCUCCCCUCGUGGCCGACCUGCAUGGGCUGACUCCGGUGUCGGCCUCCGGCGAUGAGGGGAGAAGUGGAGAGUCGCCUGUGGCGCCGGCCAAGAGCAUCGCCGGGUCCGACCUUACGUCCAGCAAGUCGAUGCCACCCGACUUCUAUGUACCGGCUGCCUUCACCAAGGCGUACGACGAGGUCGAUGACGACCUGCUGUACGACGACGCCAAGGAGGAUGAGGAACUACCGGAGCUCGACCCCGACAUGCACGCCGUCCCCGAGCACCACUGGGACAUCUCCUCGAUGACGGUGAAGGAGGCGUUGGCAAGCUGGAAGGGCAAGGCUGUGAAAGUCGCCAUGGAGGAGGAGAUUCGCAGCCUCAUCACCAUGGGUACUUGGGAGUUGGUCGAACGCCCACUUGGGGUGAACAUCACGAAGAACCGGUGGGUGCUGACAACGAAGUACCGCAUCGAUGACACCGUUGAGCGCGAGAACGCGAGGCUGGUCGUGAAGGGUUUCACACAGGUAUAUGGCGCCGACUACGAUGAGACGUACGCGCCGGUCGACGAGGCUUUGUACUUCAAGGUCGGCGACGAGGGAGUGGCCUGCUGGGUGCUGGCCUACGUCGACGACCUACUUGCCGCCGGCAGCAGCACUGCGAUGCUGAAGGAGCUGCUGGAAGUCACCUUCGAGCUGCGGGAGAUCUCGCCGGUGCAGAAGUACCUCGGGCUGGAGAUCGUGCGCGACAGGCCGGCGAGGAAGCUGUGGCUGCACCAACAGGGCUACGCCGACAAGCUGCAUAGGCGGUUCAUCGACGAGGAGCAGAUCGGGCGCAACCCAAAGACGCCGGUCUCGGUCGACGCCUACGCCGAGCUCACCUUCGUCGACGAGGAGGUACAAGAGCGUCAGGAGGAGGAGUACCGGCAGAAGGUUGGCUCGCUGCAGUUCGCGGCGACGACGACGAGGCCGGACAUUGCCUUUGCCUGCAGCAAGCUUGGGAGCGGCCUCACGUUCGGCGGUGGACCUGAGACGCUGGAGUUGGUCGGCUACGUAGACGCCGAUGAUGCCGGCAACAAGCAGAACCGGACGAGCAUGAGCGGCAACAUGUUUGUCUAUGGAGGGGUCGCAGUCUCCUGGUCAAGCCAGCGCAUCAAGUGCGCGACGCUGUCAUCAACCGAGUCAGAGUACGUGGUGGACACCGAAGCCGGCAAGGAGGGACGGCACCUACGCUUCCUCGCAGAUUUCCGGUAG